AUGUCAAAAUCAAACGAAACAGCAAUAGGAAUAGAUUUAGGAACAACAUAUUCAUGUGUAGGUGUAUUUAUAAAUGAUAAAGUGGAAAUAAUAGCAAAUGACUAAGGAAAUAGAACAACUCCAUCAUAUGUAGCAUUUACAGAGAAUGAAAGAUUGAUAGGUGAUGCAGCAAAGAAUUAAGUAGCUAGAAAUCCUUAGAAUACAGUUUUUGAUGCAAAGAGAUUAAUAGGAAGAAAGUUUAAUGAUCCAACAGUAUAGAAGGAUAUAAAAUUAUGGCCAUUUAAAGUAGAAGCAGGUGCAGAUGAUAAACCAUUAAUAGUUGUUAAAUUUAAGGGAGAGACAAAGAAAUUUCAUCCAGAAGAGAUAUCAUCAAUGGUAUUAACAAAAAUGAAGGAAAUAGCAGAAGCUUAUUUAGGAAAAUAAGUGAAGAAUGCAGUAAUAACAGUACCAGCAUAUUUUAAUGAUUCAUAAAGAUAAGCAACAAAAGAUGCUGGUUUAAUUUGUGGAUUAAAUGUAUUAAGAAUAAUAAAUGAACCAACAGCAGCAUCAAUAGCUUAUGGAUUAGAUUAGAAAGUAAAAGGUGAGAAGAAUGUAUUAAUAUUUGAUUUGGGAGGUGGUACAUUUGAUGUUAGCUUAUUAACAAUAGAUGAAGGUAUAUUUGAAGUGAAAGCAACAUCAGGUGAUACUCAUUUAGGAGGUGAAGAUUUUGAUAAUCGUUUAGUUGAAUAUUGUUGUGUAGAAUUCUAGAAAAAGAAAGGAAUAGAUUUAAGAUCAAAUGCAAGAGCAUUAAGAAGAUUGAGAACAUAAUGUGAAAGAGCUAAAAGAAUAUUGUCAUCAGCAAAUUAAACAACAAUUGAAUUAGAUGCAUUGGCUGAAAAUGAAGAUUUUAAUUGUUCAAUAACAAGAGCUAAAUUUGAAGAGUUAUGUUUAGAUUAAUUUAAGAAAUGUAUUCCACCGGUAGAAUAAGUACUUAAAGAUAGUGGUAUGUCAAAAAGUUAAAUACACGAAGUAGUAUUAGUUGGUGGAUCAACAAGAAUUCCAAAAGUAUAAGAAUUAUUAAGAGAUUAUUUUAAUGGAAAAGAAUUAAAUAAAUCUAUAAAUCCUGAUGAAGCAGUUGCAUAUGGAGCAGCAGUAUAAGCAGCUAUAUUAACUGGAACUGGAUCAUAAAAAUGUGAAAAUCUAGUUUUAUUGGAUGUUACACCAUUAUCUUUAGGUAUUGAAACUGCUGGAGGUGUUAUGAGUGUUUUAAUUCCUAGAAAUACUACUAUUCCAACUAAAAAAAGUUAAGUAUUUACUACUUAUGCAGACAAUCAACCUGGAGUUUUAAUUUAAGUAUAUGAAGGUGAAAGAUAAAUGACUAAAGAUUGUCAUAAAUUAGGAUAAUUCUAAUUAGAUGGUAUUGCACCUGCACCUAGAGGUGUACCUUAAAUUGAAGUUACAUUUGAUAUUGAUGAAAAUGGUAUUAUGAAUAUUCUUGCUGAAGAUAAAGCUUCUAAAAAAAAUAAUAAAAUCACUAUUACAAAUGAUAAAGGAAGAUUAUCUAAAUAAGAUAUUGAUAGAUUAGUUAAUGAAGCUGAAAAAUAUAAAGCAGAUGAUGAAAAAAUUAAAUUAAGAAUUGAAUCUAAAAAUAAUCUAGAAUCAACUGCUUAUCAUAUCAAAAAUACUAUUAAUGAUGAAUAAUUUAAAGAUAAAUUCACUUCUGAUGAAAAAAGAUAAUUAACUGAUUUAGUAGAAUAAACAUAAAAAUGGCUUGAUUCACAUUAAAAUGAAGAAGCUGAUACUUAUAAAAAUAAAUUAAAAGAACUUGAAUCCAAAUUCCAUCCUAUAAUGUAAAGACUUUAUGCAUCUACUGGAGCAGGUGCUGGUGCUGGUGCAUCUAUGCCUAAUAUGAAUAGAGGAUCUGCAUCUGAAUUCAAACCAACAGUAGAUUAAGUUGACUGA